AUGGAUAAAGAAGAAGCAGAGGUUUGGGAUCGAGCAUCUAGAGGAUGUAGUCAUACUCAUAGUUGCAAUCCUCCUGGUCCAGAGGAUGCUUCUCACUCUCACACAUGUUUCCACACUCAUACUCAUCUCAUCAUCCCUGAUUCGUGCGAAAAUGAUCAUUCUGAUGGUAGCAACAAGAAACGGCCAUGUGGUAAUAGAGAGGCAGUGAGGAAGUACAGGGAGAAGAAGAAGGCUCGCACUGCGUACCUUGAAGACGAAGUAAAGAGAUUGCAAUCUUUGAAUCAACAGUUGCUUACAAAGCUUCAGGGCCAAGAAAUGGUGGAAACCGAAUACAUCAGACUUCGGACUCUUCUUGUAGAGAUGCAAGGGAAGAUGGAUUGUGAACUUGGUGGUUUCUCGUUUCAGAAGCAAUGCAACGGUUCUGGUUUUGUGUUCAAAGAAGAUGGAUGCAGCAUAGGAACAAGGAAUGUGAUGUGUGAAGCGGCACGGGUGGAGUGCGAGGAGGGCCAAACACUUCAUGAUGCUAUACACUCAAUUGUUCCUCAUUCACCAUCAUUCUCACAUUAA